UUGAGCAUCACAUGACUGCCUCACUUUCACGGACACGGAAGUGGAAACACUAGCUAAAGUACGAACACAAAGCUGCAGAAUAAACGACUUUAAGUUACAUAAAACGAUAUGAGUGACGAAUAUUAUCUAGAGCUCAGUGACAACCCCGUGCAGUUUGAGAACGCGUCCAGCGUCAACAAUGUGUUUUUCGACGAGGCGAAUAAACAGGUGUUUGCUGUACGAUCUGGCGGGGCCACAGGUGUUGUGGUUAAAGGGCCAGAUGACAAGAGCUCAGUGGCUUUCAGAAUGGAUGACAAAGGAGAGGUGAAGUGUAUCAAGUUCUCACUGGGGAACAAAAUCUUAGCUGUGCAGCGCACUACAAAAUCAGUUGAUUUCAUGAACUUCAUUCCUGACUAUCCAUACUUGGAAUUUUCCCAUGAGUGCAAGACAAAGAAUGCCAACAUUCUGGGAUUUUGUUGGACCAACUGGAACGAGAUUGUAUUUGUUACUGAUCAAGGAAUAGAAUUUUAUCAGGUGCUGCCCGAUAAACGAACCCUGAAGCUCUUAAAGAGCCAGAGCAUCAAUGUGAACUGGUACAUGUACUGCCCAGAGACGGCCGUUCUUCUCCUUUCCACCACUGUACAGGGUAAUGUGCUGCAGCCAUUCGCUUUCAAGAGCGCGACCAUAUCAAAGAUGUCCAAGUUUGAGAUUGAACUGCCAGCGGUGCCCAAACCAGCCAAACUCAGCCUCUCUGAGCGUGACAUCGCUGUGGCUACAAUAUAUGAUCAGCUGUAUGUGAUGUAUCUGAAGCAUCACUCUAGAACCACCAACAGUCCUGGAGCCGAGGUGGUCCUCUAUCAUCUGCCCAGAGAAGGCACAUGUAAGAAGACCAAUGUGCUCAAACUAAACACCACGGGUAAGUUUGCGCUGAAUGUGGUGGAUAAUCUAGUUGUGGUGCACCAUCAGAGCUCACAGACUUCACUCAUUUAUGAUAUAAAACUGAGGGAAUUAGAUGGUGCAUUAAAUGUGCAUCAGCCUGUGCUUCCGGCUCGAUCCAUCAACCCCUACAAGAUUCCUCGUUCAGGACCUGCAGCCGCUCCAAGUCAGGCCCCGGUGCCCUGUGAACUCUACUCAUCUUCCUGGAGUGUUUUUCAGCCAGAUAUCAUCAUCAGUGCCAGUGAAGGAUAUCUGUGGUACCUCCAGGUGAAGCUGCAGCCUACGCUGAAUCUCCUGCAGGAUAAAGGCAAACUCAUGGACUUCCUGUUGCGGAGACGAGACUGCAAAAUGGUCAUCCUGUCUGUAUGCUCGCAAAUGCUUACAGAAGGAGAUAAAGGGAACCUGUCUGUGGUGGCCACAGUGUUUGAUAAACUCAACCAAGUGUACAAAGAGUACUUGGAUGCAGAGCAAGCGUAUACUGCAGCUACGGAAUCAGGGCCCAGUCGCUCCAGCACUUCUUAUAAAAGGCCGGUCCGGACUCAAGCGGUGAUAGACCAGUCAGACAUGUACACACACGUGCUGUCUGACUUCACUGAGAAGAAGGAAGUGAAACAUAAGUUCAUCAUUGCAGUUCUCAUGGAGUACAUUCGCUCUCUUAACCAGUUUCAGAUCCACGUUCAGCAUUAUUUGUAUGAGCUAGUCAUCAAAACUCUUGUCCAGCACAACCUCUUCUACAUGCUGCACCAGUUUCUUCAGUACCACGUCCUGAGCGACUCCAAACCUCUGGCCUGUCUGCUGCUGUCUCUGGAGAGCACAUAUCCCGCUGCUCACCAGCUCUCUCUAGACAUGCUGAAGAGGCUCUCGACCGCUAAUGAUGAGAUCGUGGAGGUUCUUCUGUCCAAGCAGCAGGUUUUGGCCGCGCUGCGUUUUAUACGAAGUGUCGGCGCCCACGAUAACAUCUCCGCUCGGAAGUUUCUAGACGCCGCGCGGCAAACAAACGACACCAUGUUGUUCUACACCAUCUUCCGCUUCUUCGAGCAGAGGAACAUGCGCUUGCGUGGUAAUCCUGGUUUCAACCAAGGAGAGCACUGUGAGGAGCAUGUGGCCUACUUUAAGCAAGUGUUUGGAGAGAACGCUUUGAUGAAACAAGCCACGGCAUGAAAGACUACAGUGAGAGCAGGAACAAUGGUUUAUCGAGGAGGAAACGGUAUUGCUUUGAGCAGAAUGAAAACCUUAUGAAGCUCACAUGAACACCAGAGAGAGUUAAAAGAGACACUUUAUAGUCUUAUAUGCAUGUUUGCUAUGAAGUACAGAUGGUUUUGGCAGGAUAAAGCAAUAACAGAAAGGAUUACUAAUACCAACACAAUUCAAAAGAGCGCUCAACUAACUGGUCUGUACUGUAUGCUUAAAAUGUAUAUAUAGUAAAAAGAAAUCUCUUGAUAUAUAAUGUGUAUAUAUAAUAAAUAGAAUAUGUACAUAUA